AUGAUAACCAAAAUGCAAUCACAAGCGAACGUCGCCGUGCCACAAUCUGUCACGACGCAACCACAGUCUCAGCAAAUUGUUGGUGUUGGAGUUCCAGCAAAUGCGGUGAUAUUGAAAAUGUCAGAUAUUCAGCAGAUCUCCACAGUGGGACUGUUGGAGCUUGCCCACCGAGAGUAUCAAGCAGGCGACUAUGAAAGUGCCGAACUACACUGCAUGCAGCUAUGGAGACAAGAUGGCACAAACACUGGUGUCCUUCUACUCUUAUCUUCCAUUCACUUCCAGUGCAGAAGAUUAGACAAGUCUGCUCACUUCUCCACCUUGGCUAUCAAACAGAAUCCCUUGUUAGCUGAAGCUUACAGCAACCUGGGCAACGUGUAUAAAGAAAGGGGUCAGCUUCAAGAGGCUUUGGAGAACUACAGGCAUGCCGUCCGAUUGAAGCCGGACUUCAUCGAUGGCUACAUUAACCUGGCGGCCGCUCUUGUGGCUGCUGGAGACAUGGAACAAGCUGUUCAGGCCUACGUCACGGCACUACAAUAUAACCCUGACCUUUACUGCGUCAGGAGUGACUUAGGCAAUUUGCUCAAAGCUCUGGGACGUUUGGACGAGGCAAAGGCUUGUUACUUGAAGGCAAUAGAAACGAGGCCAGACUUUGCAGUGGCUUGGAGUAACUUGGGAUGCGUGUUUAACGCACAAAGUGAAAUCUGGCUGGCCAUUCAUCACUUUGAGAAGGCCGUUGCACUAGAUCCAAAUUUCUUGGACGCUUACAUUAACUUGGGAAAUGUACUCAAGGAAGCCAGAAUUUUUGACAGGGCCGUGGCUGCGUAUCUUCGCGCGUUAAAUUUAUCGCCUAACAAUGCUGUGGUACACGGCAAUUUGGCGUGUGUUUACUAUGAACAAGGAUUGAUAGACUUGGCAGUUGACACCUAUAGACGAGCCAUUGAGUUACAACCGAACUUCCCUGACGCAUAUUGUAAUUUAGCAAACGCUCUUAAAGAGAAAGGACAAGUUGCUGACGCAGAAGAAUGCUACAACACAGCGUUGAGGCUAUGCCCGUCACAUGCGGACUCGCUGAACAACUUGGCCAACAUUAAACGCGAACAAGGAUACAUUGAGGAAGCGACGCGGUUGUACUUGAAGGCUUUGGAAGUUUUCCCCGAAUUUGCUGCCGCACACAGCAACUUGGCGUCAGUACUACAGCAACAGGGCAAGUUAACCGAAGCCCUCAUGCAUUACAAAGAGGCGAUACGUAUUCAGCCAACUUUCGCUGAUGCGUACAGUAACAUGGGCAAUACGCUCAAAGAGAUGCAAGAUGUAGCGGGCGCAUUACAGUGCUACACCAGAGCUAUACAGAUAAAUCCUGCAUUUGCUGAUGCUCACAGCAAUCUUGCUAGCAUUCACAAAGAUUCUGGAAAUAUUCCUGAAGCAAUCCAGUCGUACAGAACAGCUUUGAAAUUGAAACCAGACUUCCCUGAUGCAUACUGCAAUUUGGCUCAUUGCUUGCAAAUUGUGUGCGAUUGGACUGACUACGAGUCACGCAUGAAGAAGCUUGUAAGCAUUGUGGCCGAGCAGCUCGAAAAGAACAGAUUGCCCUCAGUUCAUCCUCAUCAUUCCAUGUUAUACCCACUUACACAUGACUAUAGAAAAGCGAUUGCCGCACGUCAUGCUAACCUUUGCCUUGAGAAAGUACAAGUUCUACACAAGGCUCCGUUCAAGUUCCCGCGAGAAUUACAAGGACGUCUACGUAUCGGUUAUGUGAGCAGUGACUUUGGAAACCAUCCAACGUCUCACUUGAUGCAGUCGGUGCCCGGGCUGCACGAUCGUACUAAAGUUGAGAUCUUCUGCUACGCUCUGAGUCCAGAUGAUGGAACUACAUUCCGGUCCAAGAUUGCUCGAGAGGCGGAACACUUCAUCGAUUUAUCUCAGAUUCAGUGUAACGGCAAAGCUGCCGAUAAAAUCUACGGCGACGGUAUACACAUUCUUGUUAAUAUGAAUGGUUACACAAAGGGAGCGCGUAACGAGAUAUUUGCGCUGCGCCCGGCCCCUGUGCAAGUUAUGUGGCUCGGAUAUCCGGGAACUAGUGGGGCUAGCUAUAUGGACUAUUUGGUGACGGAUGGAGUUACGUCGCCCUUGGAGCUGGCAAGCCAAUACAGUGAGAAGAUGGCUUACAUGCCACAUACGUACUUCGUGGGCGAUCACAAGCAAAUGUUCCCUCAUUUGCAAGAAAGACUCAUUCUCAGCGACAAAGUGAAAUCUCAUAACAAUUUAGGAAGUGUAGCAGACAACGUGGCUGUCAUUAAUGCUACAGAUCUGUCGCCGCUUGUCGAAACUACGGAUAUUAAAGAGAUUAAAGAAAUUGUAAGAGCCGCUCGUCCCGUGGAAAUUUCUCUGAAAGUAGCGGAGUUGCCGACUACUACACCUAUCGAGACCAUGAUCGCUUCUGGUCAAGUACAGACUUCAGUGAAUGGAGUAAUUCUACAAAACGGACUAGCAACGACACAGACGAACAAUAAGGCUGCAACGGGCGAGGAAGUGCCACAGUCGAUAGUAAUAACAACUCGUCAACAAUACGGUCUCCCUGAUGACGCAGUGGUGUACUGUAAUUUCAACCAGCUAUAUAAAAUUGACCCAUUGACCUUGCACAUGUGGGUGUACAUAUUGAAGAAUGUACCAAACAGCGUUUUAUGGCUGUUAAGGUUCCCAGCUGUAGGAGAACCCAACCUCCAGAACACUGCCCAACAACUAGGGUUGCCCCCUGGUCGUAUUAUUUUCUCCAACGUGGCGGCUAAAGAGGAGCACGUACGCCGUGGACAACUGGCCGAUGUUUGCUUGGACACUCCUCUGUGUAACGGACAUACCACCAGCAUGGACAUCUUGUGGACUGGCACGCCCGUCGUUACGCUGCCAGGCGAGACGCUAGCUUCCAGAGUGGCAGCGUCUCAGUUAAAUACGCUCGGCUGUCCAGAGCUGAUCGCUAGAACGAGGAUAGAAUAUCAGGAUAUAGCUGUAAGACUAGGAACCGAUAGGGAAUACUUAAAAGCCAUCCGAGCUAAGGUUUGGGCAGCGCGUACGGAGAGUCCGCUCUUCGAUUGCAAAGCGUACGCCACCGGGUUAGAAAUGUUAUACAAUAAGAUGUGGCAGAGGUACGCACGAGGCGACCGCCCAGACCACAUAAAGGCCGAUAAAUAG